UGAGGGAAGAAUAAGUAUACCGUCAAUCAGUGAAGAGAGUGAUCAGAGAAGACGAAAAGUAAAGGAAAGAACGGACACUGAACAUAUUAAUGGCCUUGUGUCACUGGUUAUUAUUGCGCUGUUGACGAUAUAGAACGUGUUGACCACGUGAUGGCAGGAGUUUGGAACGAUAUAUGUCGUUUUAGUGGAUGGGUUGGCCAAUCUGUUGGAUUACCUGGCCGAGUGGAAGUUGAGAAAGUGAUUAUCAAAGAAGUAGGGAUGAGGAUCCCAGCUCGGGGGUUUAUAAGAAUAGCUGGUCUAUCUGGGGCGACAGCUAUAGCAAUGGGCGCGUAUGGUGCUCAUGCAUUUAAAGAAAGCGAAGCUGCUGAAAAGCUAAAAGUGACUUAUGAUACAGGAUAUAAAAUGCAUUUAGUUCAUUCUGUCGCUCUUCUCGCUGUUCCUUUAACAAGACGCCCUUAUUUGGUUGGAUCGUUGAUGACAACUGGUUUAGUGUUGUUUUCUGCUAGUUGUUAUUACCACGCUCUAACGGGUAACACAAGAGUACGUUGGGUCACGCCAUAUGGAGGAAUGUUAUUAAUAUUUGCCUGGUUAGCAAUGGUUGUGUAAAAGUUUUAUUUUUGAACAAGAGUGAUCUCCCUUUAUGGAUUAUCUCCCCUAAAUUUAGUAUUAUGAAUUAAGUCAAAUUAAAAUGUGUUGUUCAAUAAUUAUGAAAGUAGACAAGUUAACAAGUAUGACAAUAUUAUACCAAGAAUUAAUUAUUUCCUCUAGAUUUUAUUUCAUAUUGUGUAAAUAAGUAUGAAGAUAGUGAGACCUCUUUUAAAGGGAGACAAUCUUAACGUCAGAGGAGAUAAUGCAGUUUUCUACUCGCAUGUCCGGUGUUGUAGUACAAUGGACAAGGGUAAAAAUGUAGAGCUUAUCUGUAUCUGUAUAUAUACGAUGCAGGAGCCACUUCUGACAUAAAGCGUCGGGAGUGAGUGUCGUCUGCUUAGUUGCGGCCCUGGAGAGCUGCUUCGAAACUCUCCACUGAAUUUAGCUAUUAGAAAAGUUCGAUGGACAGUCUCUAAAUAUGCUUUUAGUAAUAUUUUUAUUUAUUCAGAUUGUAUAUUCUGAUCGAGAUACCAAUAACAAACUAAUGGGUACUUUAUAUUCGCUUGGCCGCUUCCUUUACCGAGAGGGAUGACAUCAGGCAAAGUUAUUUAGCUCUCAGUAUUAACUUUUUUUCUUCUACAAAUUAAACUCGAAAACAAUUUUUUAAAUCAUUAAGAAAAAUUAAAUGUGUUUGAAAUAUAUCUGGAUAAAAAAUAUUUUCUAUGUAAAUGGGUCCAUAAAGUAGUACACGGCAUAAUAUGAGUAAAAUGCACCAAUUCUGCCCAGAUCAGUUUUUAUUACUACAUCUGAUGUAGACAAUGCAUGUGUUAUCAUUGCCAUAGGAUGUGACGCCACAGUCAUUCUCUACAGAGUUAAAGAUUAAAAAACAGGUUGAUAUUUCAUGUCUGAAAGGAUCCCCCCCCCCCCAUCAAAUAGUGCUAUAAAUGUGUAUUUGUCAAUGAGCAAUCCAUUAAAUGGUUUUUGUGCUUGUGAUGUAUAGAAAAUAAAAAAAAAGGAAGUGAACAAAAUAGGAUUUAUUGUCCCCCGCCUUUCGAAGAAAGCAGGGGACUAUUAAAAUGGGUUCGUCCGUCUGUCUGUCCGUCUGUCUGUCCGUCCGUCUGUCCGUCCGUCUGUCUGUCUGUCACACUUUUUGGGACACAAUAACUCUCUUCCUAAUUGAGCUAGAAUGUUCAAACUUGGUGUAUGUGUUUAUUAGGUCAAUGCCUUGAUGGAGUUCGAAGAUGAGCAUUUUCCGCUUAGGGUAAGCAGAGAUAAGCAAUUUGAUUGGUUGAUGCUUUGGGACACGAUAACUCUCUUCCUAAUUGGGCUAGAAUGUUCAAACUUGGUGUAUGUGUUGAUUAGGUCAAUGCCUUGAUGGAGUUCGAAGAUGAGCAUUUUCCGCUUAGGGUAAGCAGAGAUAAGCAAUUUGAUUGGUUGAUGCUUUGGGACACGAUAACUUUUAAUUGAGCUAGAAUGUUCAAACUUGGUGUAUGUGUUUAUUAGGUCAAUGCCUUGAUGGAGUUCGAAGAUGAGCAUUUUCCGCUUAGGGUAAGCAGAGAUAAGCAAUUUGAUUGGUUGAUACUUUGGGGCACGAUAACUCUCUUCCUAAUUGAGCUAGAAUGUUCAAACUUGGUGUAUGUGUUGAUUAGGUCAAUGCCUUGAUGGAGUUCGAAGAUGAGCAUUUUCCGCUUAGGGUAAGCAGAGAUAAGCAAUUUGAUUGGUUGAUGCUUUGGGACACGAUAACUUUAUAUUUCAUCUGUUUUACAUACAGGUUUGAUUCAGAUGACUUUUUCUUGAUCAUCUCUGACUAAUAGGCGAAACUGUGGAGAUCUAUUGAUAAGCUAUUUUUUUUAUCAUUAAGACUUUUGAGAUGGUGAGAAACCAUCUUCCAGUUUCACAGAGAUAAUAUUAUUAUUAUUAUUAUUAUUACACUUUACAUAAAUAUGAACAGACAUAUUGGAGCAAGACAAUAUUACAUUUAUGUAAUGAAAAGAGAUAACAAAGAGAAUAUACUUGAUGAAAUAUAUAAAAAAAAAAUUGUUAUUGUCACCCACCUUUGGACAAGAUAACUUUGAUUCUAUCUGAUAGAGAGUAAUGAAACUUAGUGUAUAGUUGAUAAUCAGUUUGAUUGCUCGAUACUUUUGAAAAAAAAAUAAAUGUGCGAUUAAUUAAUAUGUGUCAUCGAUUUAUUUUGGGAUUUCGGCGGGGGACAUCAGCCUCACUGUUGGCUUGUUUAUUUAGUGAUCAGGAAGGAAGUUGCAUUGUUUUGUUAUUGUCUAAAUAAAAAUAUGAAAUAAAUCGAAGAUAACUUUUUACAAGAUAAUUUUGUGUUUGAAUUUAACUGGCAUUCCUGCCUGUCUCAUAGAAGAGAUGGAAGCCACGGUGGCUUGGUGUUGGUUGAGAAAGUUCUUUGGGACAUUCCAGCCGGGUCUAACUUGGUCAGUGCUGCUCUAAGAAGCGCCAGAAAAGCAUGUGGUCAUUCAGAUGGGACGAAAACACUUAGGUUUUGCGUAUACAAGAUCCCCUGACAGUUCGAUCCUGUUGUUGGCUGCAAAAGUUUGUCAGGAUUUUCCAGUCUGAUUUCCCCAUUUGUCAUGGUGCAAAACGGAAAGCACAAUAAGAGUAGACUAUCGCUGCUGUCAUAGCAAAAUUCCCGCUCAGGUUAAGCAAAGUGAUAAACAGAUUGAUUACCUGAUGCUUUAUAAAGAGUUAUAUGUGCAAGUAAUUAAAAUUACAGUAGAUAUCGCUUGUGUGGUAAAUUUCAUAAUCUACUGCGAUAUCUUCUUGGGAGAUAUCGCUUUACAUGAAUUUGAUUGAUCAGUACUUUUUUUAAUUUUCAAAGGACAGUUAAUUUUCAUUAAAAGUAACUUCUUUUUUUUAUUAAAAAUGAACUAUUUUUAUUUAAUUGAUAUUGAUGGAAACACUGGGUCAAUAUAAAGGAUUUGCAAUGGUUGAAUUCCUAUCAAAAAAUGAUGUAUCACUACGUUGUAAUGUAAUCAGGUUCAGUAAAAGUGAAAUCUAUAGCAACGAAUUAUAUUUAUUUAUUUGUGCAUGUAAGAUAUAUCAAUAAAGACUCGAAGGAGAUGCUCUAUUUAUUUAAUUAGGGUAUGUGGCAAAAAAACACCUGUCUGCUACAAACACCUGUAACAAACAAAGUGGAAUAUUUUUUAUAUGAUUAAUUUUCCUAAAAAACUUUUUUUCUGAAAUAGACAGCUCUGAUACACCUGUAUCAUUUCUGCUACUCAAAAAUAUCCCUUAAACAGCAUUUUAAAAUAGGCUAUUCAGCAAGAAAUUAACUCGUAUAUACCAGUAGAUUGAAUUAUAAGAGUCAUUCUCCCACACAAGUCCAUGUUCCUGAAGCAAUGACAACGAGUUUUGCAACAUCUAUAUAUAGCCUUGAUAAGAUGUACGGAGUUAAAGGAGCUAAAUCGCUAAUAUUUGGGAUCAAGAAAUUGACACAAAUGGAUCGCAUCGCAUAUAAUAAUGUAAUAUGAAUGUAUAUAAACUAUUUUACUUUCA